CUUACUUCUGCCAUCGCUAGUACUCGGGUUGCGAAAAGACAGGUAUUCAUGAAAAAAUGGAUUUAGCGAAGAAACUACAGGAAGUCGGGUGGCACCUGACGGAGGAGGGCCUCAAGAUCCUGACCACAGCCGUUGGCAGCGAGGAUCCGCGCAGAAUAGUGGAUGAUGCACUGAAUAGGGAUAUCCGCGAUAUAGGUGGUGGCGCACUGCCCGCGAAACGCGAAGAUGCCACUUUGCCCGGAAAGAUUGUGCUGCAGGUGCAGAGGGUGCGGAAUAUAGCAGCCCCCAAGGCGAACGAGGAGUCGAAGGCGGCGCCGCGGCUCAUCCAACUGGACCUGAGUGAUGGCCAGAACAGCAUUCAGGCACUGGAGCUGGAGCCGGUGCCCCAGCUGAAUCUCAAUGUGGCUCCCGGCAGCAAGAUCUAUUUCAAGGCCGAGAAACUGCAGCUGAUGCAGGGAUUUCUGCUGCUGAAACCAAGUGAAAUUCAGCUCCUCGGCGGCCGCGUGGAUGCGCUCUACGAGAAGUGGGAUCUGGCCAGGACCAUGCUGCGGUAUGCGCGCAGUGGUCGGCCCCUGAGUGGCACCUCGGCUCCGCCGCCCUGGGUGGCGUUUGGCCGGAAAAUCGAUACGACCGCCGAGAGGGAGAGGAACUUCAAGAGUCUGGGCUCCGCGGGCGGCGACAAGGACAAGCCGGUGAAGGAGAACGACGAGUUCAAUGCCAUGCGCACCGAGGCCAUUGCCGUGGCCACCAAGGCGGGCGUCAAAAAGGUCUUCGGCGGCGGCGGCCAGAACAUUGUGGAUCACAACAUCAAGAAGAUCCUGGACAAGGGCUUUAGCGAGGAGGAGGCCCGCAGUGCCUUGCAUGCCACAAGGAACAACCUGGAGCGUGCGCUUUUCAACCUCAAGAGACGCAAGGAAGCGGGAGGAGUGGGUCCCAUCGAAUCCAUGGGUCGUCCGGGACGUGGAGAUCGUCCGCCGAGGGAGGGAAAACGUGGCGCCAGCGCCAAGGACGAAGCUGAGGCAGCCAAGCCCGCUGCCAAUGCCACCCUGUUUGAUUUCCUAACCACAAAACUGCCCGCGUCGGAGACACCGGCUACCACCAGCAUUGCCGAGACCUUUGCUGCCGCUCCGACUGCGCCACCCACCAUCAACCACUUCAAUCCGUUUAAGCAAUUUGGAAACUCGAGGUUCAGCGAAACCGACAGCAGAUCUUCAGCUCUGGGCGGAGCGGGAAAGUUUGGGGAUCGUUCGAGGUUCGAGAACAAUGUGUCGAGCAGCUUUGCGGCGCAUCGUGGCGGACAUGCUGGUUCCUCAAGGGGCGGUGGACGGACUCGAGGUGGUGGUCGAGACGAAAGGCCACCAAGGGAGGAGAGAGGGCACAGAGAAGAAAGACCACCGAGGGAAGAGAGACCUCCCAGGGAAGAAAGACCUCCCCGGGAGCGUGGAGGCAACUUUAACGAACGUGGAGCUGGUCGCAAUAAACCGGAAACCACGGCCAUCAAGUCCUCGAAUCGCAAUGGCGCGGACAACUCGUCGGCCAAGACGAAUUCCGAGGCCAAAACGGAACCAGAGACAACCAAUGGAAAGGAACACACCGGCGGCAAUCGACGUGGCAGCGAUCGCGGCAGUAAUCGUGGAGGCUCAAACAGAGGAGAGAACGGCAAUGCUAAUGGCAACAGGCGUAAGCAGCAGUCAGUUGCUGCCACAGCAACUGCCACUGCAACUGCAAAGCCCUCAACCAAUGCAGGUGAGGAUUUCAAUGCCCGUUUGAACAAGGUAACCGAAGAAACGGCCAAUCUCAAGGUGAGCAGUGCUCCCAAGCGAGAGAACCGACGCAAACAGAGUCACGGACAGGCCAAUCGGCAGGCGGGAACGGGAACUGAAGUCCAGCCAAAGCCGUCAGCCCAGUUGCCUUCGCAGAAGCCGGAAAAGGCGCAAACCAAUCAGAAACAUCAGAAUCAACAUCACAAUCCGCGGCAUCAUUCGCAUGCCAACUACAGUCAAUUGGCGAAUGGCUAUACGUACGAUCCCAGCAAGAUCAUGGGUUUCCAGAGUAAAGAGGCCAACGAGUUUGCCAUGAGUCUGCUCAAGAGUCAGGGUGUCACGGUGCCCAACCAGCAGCAGCAGCAGCAACAGCCGCCACAGGAAUUGCCACCGCCAGCCGCAGUUCAUGGAAAUCCAUUUGCAUCCCAGCCAGCUGCUGUGCCUGUGCCACGGGCUGCGCCAAGGGAUCAGUUCGGAAUGACGCCGGGCGACGCUUGGCUGUGGCAGAAGGGCGACUUGUGCAUGGCCAAGUACUGGGACGAUGGAAGGUAUUAUGAGGCUGAGAUCACCGGAGUGUCGGAGAAAACCUGCGUGGUCUUCUUUAUGGGCUAUGGAAACCACGAAGAGGUGCUCAAGGCAGACAUCCUGCCCAUCACUGAUGCCCAGAACAGGCCGCUCAGCAAUGUUCACCAGCAACAGCAGCAGCAGCAGCCUCAUCAACAGCAGCAACACUCUCGCUUCCGCGGAGAUCGUCAAGCGCAGCAGCAGCAGGUCUACGUGCCGCCCCACAAACGAGAGCAUUAACACAAUGCCUGUUUACAACGUAUUUAAAUCAAUUGAAAUGUUUCGA